UUCGCUCUCGCCCGGCUUCCGCCGCCCCGUGGAACGAGGCGAGAACCGAGAAGCGGACGCGGACGCAGCGCGGCACGUGCUUCUCUCCGGCCUUUCCCGGGUUGGACUUGCCCACUCUCUCUCCACCCUUCUCCACCUCGUCCCCCUGCCGCCGGCCUCAACCCCCGCUGCUCCCAUACUCGCCGCCUCGCCCCGCAGAUCGCUGGAUCUGGAUGACCUCGACGCCCGCGCCCCGAAGACCUCCGCAUCCGUCUCUUCCUCGGCUUGUCGCCGCCCGCCUCACCUGCCGCUGCUGCCUCGGAUCCUCGCCGUCUGCCUUGUCCCCGCACUCGGCCUGCUGCCGCCCGCCGUAUCUCGCCGCGCUGGUGCCCCGUCGUGGUAGAGCCGCCGUCCCGCCGUCGUGGUAGUAGGCGGCGUCCUCGCCUGCAAGCACUGCCUCGCCGUCCCCAUCCCCGAGGGAGCCGUCACCCCCGCCGUCCCUUUGGUCGCCUCCCCGUGUCCGGACUGUAAGUGUUGCUUGGGAGGGAGUCAAGGAUGUCGUCAUCUUCGUCGACUGUAGUUUACGAGGGAUGGAUGGUCCGGCACGGUCGCCGCAAGAUCGGGCGGUCCUUCAUCCACAUGCGGUACUUUGUGCUAGAGACCAGGCUACUGUCAUACUUCAAGCGCAAGCCCCAGCACAAGAUGCCCAAACUCCCCAUCAAGUCCCUCCACAUUGAUGGCAACUGUAGAGUUGAGGACAGGGGGCUCAAGAUGCACCAUGGCCAUAUGCUUUAUGUCUUAUGUGUCUACAACAAACGGGAGAAGCAUCACCGCAUCACGAUGGCGGCAUUCAAUAUCCAGGAAGCCCUAAUUUGGAAAGAGAAAAUCGAGAUGGUCAUUGAUCAGCAACAAGGUGUAGUGCCUCCUGAUGGUGAUACAGCCUUUAGCUCAUCGCAGCAAAAGGCUAGCAUAGAGAAUGGAAGGAAAUCUUCUUCCUCUGAUCGUGAAAGUCAGUACAGUCAUGAAGAGGAAGAAGAGGAGGAGGAAAAUCAGCGAGCAUUGAUGCGGAGAACAACUAUCGGGAAUGGUCCUCCGGAAUCAUUGCGUGAUUGGACUCGUGGAAACGAUUUGGGAAUAUCAGAUCAGGGAAGCCCUGCCCAAGUUUUCUCCAGAGGACACUGGCGCCUUGUCAGAUGCCAGAAUGGUCUCCGCAUUUUUGAGGAGCUCCAGGAUGUUGAUUACCUUGCAAGGAGCUGUAGCAGAGCAAUGAAGGCUGUUGGUGUGGUUGAGGCUUCCUGUGAGGCUAUAUUUCAACUUGUGAUGAGCAUGGAUACCACCCGCUUUGAGUGGGACUGCAGCUUCCAGUAUGGUAGUCUAGUGGAGGAGGUCGAUGGCCACACUGCAAUACUAUACCAUAGGCUACAACUGGAUUGGUUCUCAGUGUUCGUUUGGCCUCGUGAUCUUUGCUAUGUACGAUAUUGGCGUCGUAAUGAUGAUGGAAGUUAUGUUGUGUUGUUUCAAUCCAGAGAGCACCCAAACUGUGGUCCACAACCAGGAUUUGUGAGGGCACACAUUGAGAGUGGUGGGUUCAACAUUUCUCCACUGAAAUCCCGUAAUGGAAGAGUCCGAACACAAGUACAACAUCUUAUGCAGAUUGAUUUGAAGGGAUGGGGUGUUGGUUACGUACCUUCAUUUCAGCAGCAUUGCCUCCUUCAUAUGUUGAACAGCGUUGCCGGGCUCAGGGAAUGGUUUUCACAAAGUGAUGAAAGCCAAAUACUUCCUAGGAUUCCUGUUAUGGACAAUAUGUCUCUAUCCAUUUCUUCUAAGAAAGGCAAAAAAACACAAGAUAAUACUGUGCAAACCAGCCUUCCGAUGGAUCAAAGUAGAAAUUCUACAAUGCUCGAUGAGGAAUCUGAUGAAGAUGAAGAUUUUCAAUUACCUGAAUCUGAACAAGAGCCAUCAACUCGUGAGCUCGAUGCAGAUGGUAAACUGCUAGGGUUGGAUGAGGAGGAUUCAGAUGAGAUUGAUUUGUCUGGAUUUUCUGGGAAUUUACGCCGGGAUGAUCGUGAUAACAGUCGUGAUUGCUGGAGAAUAUCUGAUGGGAAUAACUUUAGAGUGCGAAGCAAGAAUUUUAUAUAUGACAAAAGCAAGGUUCCUGCUGGAAAGCCUCUUAUGGAGCUUGUUGCUGUUGACUGGUUUAAAGAUGUGAAACGAAUGGAUCAUGUUGCUAAAAGAAAAGGAUGUCCAGUUCAAGUUGCUGCUGAGAAGGGGCUUUUUGCAUUGGCAAUAAAUUUACAAGUUCCAGGCACAACAAACUAUAGUAUGGUUUUCUACUUUGUUACAAAGAAACUGAUACCGAGCUCUUUGUUGCAACGCUUUGUUGAUGGAGAUGAUGAAUUCCGCAAUAGUAGGUUCAAGCUGAUCCCAUCUGUACCUAAGGGCUCGUGGAUUGUCCGCCAAAGUGUUGGCAGCACACCUUGUCUGUUAGGCAAAGCAGUUGAUAUCACAUAUAUCCGUGGUGCAAAUUAUUUGGAGAUAGAUGUGGAUAUUGGUUCGUCUACAGUGGCAAACGGAGUCUUGGGGCUUGUGUGUGGUGUGAUCACAACGCUAGUUGUUGACAUGGCUUUUCUUGUCCAGGGCAAUGCAUAUGAGGAGCUUCCAGAACGACUAAUUGGUGCAGUCCGAAUGUCGCACAUAGAAUUGUCAUCUGCAAUAGUUCCUGUGCUUGAUGAUUAACCAAUUACUACAAUUGUCUAUUGGGGGCAACUGGUGGUCUCAACGAGCGGCAUCCAUCCAGUCUGCUCGAGUCUUGACAGCACACAGUAGAUACAUAGAUAAAAAAGAUGGGGACCAAGCGUUGGCACUCAUGCCGUGUCAAACAACAUACUGAAACUGAAGACACUUUACCUUUCUGUGUAUGUAAUUAUGUAUUGUGCUUCGUAUUUGAUGUGAUAUCAAUAUCGUAAAAGUCGUAAGUAUUAGAAUUGUGUCGUGGAAGAGAAAGGAUAUAUUGGAAUUAGGACUAGGAGACUAAGAGCGAGGCCCAUGUGAGGAUCAGCUCAGCUUGAAUAAGCAGCCAUGUUUUACUUCUUUUGGCAAGUAGGAAAGGGAGGUCAUAUUUGCAGUGAAACCACACAAACCAAUCUUUUCAUGUAACGUAACCAAGGUUACAACAAUAUUGAUGCCAUUGAUGUGACGAUGAAACUUGUCAUGUGCAACGCUAAUCCUUUUUCCCUUAA